GUCCGACACCUUUUGAGGCGCCGUUUGGCUCACAUUCUGCAAAAUGGCGACGUCCCUAGGAUCCAACACCUACAAUAGACAGAACUGGGAAGACGCGGAUUUUCCAAUUCUGUGUCAGACAUGUUUAGGAGAAAACCCUUACAUCCGUAUGACCAAGGAGAAGUAUGGUAAAGAAUGCAAGAUUUGUGCACGACCGUUUACUGUGUUCCGAUGGUGUCCAGGCACACGGAUGCGUUUCAAGAAGACGGAGGUCUGUCAGACAUGCAGUAAAAUGAAGAAUGUUUGUCAGACAUGUCUGCUGGACCUGGAGUAUGGUUUGCCUAUUCAGGUCAGAGACACUGGGCUAUCGGUAAAAGAUGAGGUUCCUAAGUCAGAUGUGAACAAGGAAUACUACACACAGAACAUGGAGAGAGAGAUAGCCAAUACUGAUGGCACACGGCCUGUCGGCCAGUUAGGUAAAGCGCCCAGCUCUAGUGAUAUGUUGCUGAAACUGGCCCGGACCACUCCAUACUACAAGAGGAACCGGCCGCACAUCUGCUCCUUCUGGGUGAAGGGAGAGUGUAAGAGAGGGGAGGAGUGUCCCUAUAGGCACGAGAAGCCCACAGAUCCAGAUGAUCCUCUAGCCGACCAGAACAUAAAGGACCGUUACUACGGCAUCAAUGACCCAGUCGCGGACAAGCUGCUGAAACGUGCCUCAACUAUGCCCCGGCUGGACCCACCAGACGACAAGUCCAUCUCCACCCUCUACAUAGGGGGUUUGGGAGAUACCGUCACUGAAGGAGAGCUCAAGAGUCACUUUUACCAGUUUGGCGAGAUUCGCACCAUUACCAUCGUCCAGAGGCAGCAGUGUGCUUUCAUCCAGUUUGCCACUCGGCAGUCAGCUGAAAUGGCUGCUGAGAAGUCCUUCAACAAACUCAUCAUUAAUGGACGCAGGCUCACUGUCAAGUGGGGAAGGUCUCAGGCCGCAAGAGGGAAAGAGGGCAUCAAAGAUGGCGUCAGUGAAAUGGGCACCAGACUGGAUCCUGUACCUGGAUUGCCUGGAGCUCUUCCUCCACCACCAGCUUUGGAUGAAGAAGCUCCUGCAAACUACUUUAACCUGGACCCUAGCUCCUCUCCUGCAGUCAUGAACAUUGCUCUGCCUCCACCUCCAGGCAUCAACCCGCCUCCUCCAGGUUUUGGCCCUCCAAUGUUUCACCCCAUGGGUCACAUGGCUCCACCUAUGCCCCCUCCAAUGAGCAUGAGACCACCUGGUCAAAUCCACUACCCCUCUCAGGAUCCUCAGCGCAUGGGUGCCCAUGCUGCGCAUGGCUCUCGUCAUGGUGAAUAGCUGCUAUAGUGAAGUUAUACUGUGAUUGGGUGUUGGGUGCUUUCCCUUCAGAUGUUAGUGGGCCUGAAACCAGCAUACUAUUUCUGGGAGGAAAAUGUCUUACUGGAUAACAUUGCUUUAUUAUGCCAACUGCAGUAAAUGAGAUGAACCAGCUCCAGUGUCUAGAGAGGCGACAACUAAAAUAUCACAAGAUUACUUUGUCACUAGUCAAUUAAAAUGUACCAGAGUGGCAUCGGCAGACACGAGUACUGGCCAAUGUGAUCAGAGCCAUAUAGUUUUUAAAGGCUCCUGUGGCUGGAGCGUUGUACAUAUAGAAAUGCAUACUGUCGGUUAAACUUGUAUUUGUCACAUUGUGCAACAUGGAUAAAAAUCCUGAGCAGCAUUUUUAAACUUUAAUUUUCAGUUACUUUUUUAUUUGACCAAAUCUUAACAUCCUACAGCAUAAUGACUUUGUUUAUUGUAAGGCUUUCUUUGAAUGUUCUUUUCACUUGUCAUUAAAAUGACGCACUUUUGUCAAUGAUC